ACAUACUGCCUAGUAAUUUCCAAUUGAUAACUGAUUUUCCAAAAAAUUCAAUUUAUUUAUUAGAUAUUUGAAAAAUUUACUUAUUCAAUUCAGUUCAGUUUUGUUUGCUGGUGUUUGAGCAGUAUGUAAAAAAGAGAUUCUUAGUAAUCUCAUUCAAAAUGGCUGAUGCAAAAGGUGAACCUGAAGAAAAGAAGGAGGAAAGAGCCGAUGAGACCAUGGUUUCAAAUAAUCACAUAAAAAUCACUGACCUCAACCAAUUUUGUUUAGAAAAAAUCUUCGCUUAUUUGCCCUUGGAAGACCUUCUCAACGUAUCGGACUCCAAUAAAUAUCUUAGAUCGGCUACUCGAAUGCCAUUCGUUUGGAGCUAUGCUAGGAAAUCAGUCAGAAUUGAUCUGCAGUGUAUAAUGAAUUACGAUACUGAUAAGGAGAUAAUAAUGUUUGAGCCUUAUACAAAUAUUCCGAAACAACCGGGAGAUGAAGAUAUAGUGAUUGUUGAUCUAAAAAAAAGCUUUCAAAUACUACGUUGCUUCGGCGGACUGAUAAUCGAGCUCAAUUUUUUUCAUUUCUCAUUUUCAAACAAAAAAAAAUCCAAAAACUACAAUCGUAUUAUGAGUUACAUAGGCGAAUUUUGUGCUGAAUCUUUGAAAAAGGUCUCAUUUCAUAAUGGGUCAGGAUUUGAAGGGUUCGAGAAACCAUUUCUAAACGUCGAAGAUCUUACAAUCCACUUUGUUAAUUUGAAAGAGAAAUGUUUGAGUUCGCUUUUUCCAAAAUUGAAUCGCUUGCAUUUCAAUUGUUUUCGUGACAAUGCUUUAUCAGUUCUAUCGGAGUAUUUUCCAAAUUUGCAUCACUUAAAAUUGGGUAUGGGUGUCUCGGUUUUUGAUAAUCUUGCUACAAUAUUCCAACUAAAUCCACAUAUACGCAGUUUGAGUAUCGGUAUACUCAGUUUAAAUAAUUUCAAAAGCUUUAGUGAACGCUAUCUACAGUCUAUUGAAAGUCUUCAUAUCUCAAGCUUCUUAGUCCGAAAAUAUAACUAUUGCAUACAUUUGUCAAAUGUAGAAAAAUUCAAAAUUCGUUAUGUAGGUGACGUAUAUUUUGCCUCUCCAAAAAUUCCGUUUUCGUUCAAUGAGUUGAAAGAGUUCGAAAUUGAGAGUAAUUGCACAUUGCCUGAGUUUUUCAUUACUUUUAUCAAUGAAAAUCCAUCGAUUGAAAAAUUAACGUUAACAUCUAUUGAUUUACUCAAGAAUGUAUUAAGAACAGGUGAUUUAGAGGCUGCGCUACCAUUUCUGAAAGACAUUAUUCUCGAUGAUGUCAUUGACAACACUAAAAAGAAAUUAUGCAUUUUGUUGCGCAAUUUAGAAUUUUUGAAAAGUUUUACAUUUCGUACUAGAGAUAUGGAUGAAGAAAUCUGGUUAGUUUGUGGCGACAAAUGGCGAUUCUAUCGCAAUGAGGAAUAUAAUAGGAUAACAUUGCAACGCAAUGAAGCGAAUGUUUGAAUUUCCAUUUAUUUCAUUCUUCCCACUUUCAUUCACACGCAAACUGGAACGCGUAUGCAUAAAGACUUUCGGUUUUCAAUAUAAGUUCAAUUUGUAUUUCAUACGAUAACAAAAGCCAGUAGUUAGUAACACGUUUGCAACAAAAGCAAAGAAUAAGAACGGAAAUCGGGGAAAAAUAACGAAAAAUUUGAAUCGAAUGUAAAUGUAAACGGUACGUCGGAUCUUUCGAACUUUCGACAAUUUUACAAGUUUUGAUUUAAAAUAUAUAUCAAUGUACCAGGUCAUAACUUGAUGUCCCCCCCCCAUUUCAAUGAAUCAACAUUUAAUUAAGAAAAGACGGUUUAUUUUUUUUUUUAAAUAUUUUAUUUGUAAAUAUUGAUCAAAACUUUGAUUCAAGUUUUUUUUUACUGUAAAUACUCUGUCUACAACAGUCAUAGAAGAGAAUGCCGGCAUGUUGUUUGGUUACGUAAUUCGAUAUGAUACAGCGAACUCGAACGAACAACAACGUGGUUUACACACGAGCAUUGAACAAAACACUACAGCACACUCAAAUAACAUCAUUUUGUACUUUGAAUUAUCGGAAGAUUUUUUUUUCGGUUUUAGUUCAAGUGUUUGAUUGAUGGCAAAUACAUACACAUCGUCUCGCUUAAUCAUAUAAAUCACCUAAUUCCUGGUGCAACAACAACGAUGAUUAGACGAGUUUAAAUUGGUACGAGACAAGGCUUUUAGUGGCAAUUCUGAUUAUUUCUUCUUCUUUUUUUCGUUAAUUCCGUCUCGCUUUCACUUAAAAUAUCGAAUUAGAUAGCGCCAAAAACAUGCCAACAUCUAUAACAAUGCCUUUGUUUCUUUGUGAUAACUCUAUUGUUGUUGUAUUUAAUUCUCUGUUUCAUCCAUUUUGGCAUAAACAUUUUUCUAUGGUUAAGUGGAAAAAAUGUGCAAUCGGAAAUGAUAAGUAGCUCACACGAGACACAGAAAUGAUUUCAACACAAUGUAAAAAAAAAAACAUGUGACCAAAAAUGCAAGACAUAUCUAUUUCCUGUGGAUUGGAUGAGUUUCUCUUUUUUACUCAAUGUUAAGCUGAACUGAUUUUCAAGCGGCUCUCGUUCCGUUUCAUACAUUCAUCGCAUCGAUAUUGAAUACUUCGAACUUGAACAAUGGAAUUGUUUAGUAAAAAAUAGAAAGAACAAAAUCAGACUUAAAUGUUCAUUAAUUCCUUUUUCGUCAAGAUUUAUCACACGAUCAAGCGAAAAAGAAACAUCGAAGAUAUUAUGUGUUAAGUAAAAAAUAAUAAUCAACGAUUGAUAUAUACUCAAUAUCGAAUGAUUGAUGUGGCCUGUUUUCCCUUUAAUCAUUUCUUCAACUUGGGUCAGAGUUCAACAUUGAGCAAACGAUUUUCGGAAUUUUUUUUCUUCUGUUUUUUUUUUACACGAAAAUCUUACAUUUGAGAUAUGAUUUUUUUGUUUUCGGUUCAAAUAUAAUUAAAAUUGUUCAAGUUAUUAGGUUGUAAAUUCUGUAAUGUAAUAUAAUUUAAUCAAUAAAUGUUUGUUUUGACUGUUUAUAGUUAUUUUA